UGCCUACGCGAUCUGCGACUAACCAAUCCUCGCGACGACAAGACUCGCAUCGAGAGUAUGAAAGGAGGACUGUUACAGGAUUCGUUUUGCUGGGUGUUGAGCAACGAAGAGUUCAAUAAAUGGCGAGACAAUCAACAUGGUAAUCCCAAUGACCGGCUGCUGUGGAUUCGAGCCGAUCCGGGCAAAGGGAAGACCAUGCUCAUCUGUGGCAUCAUUGACGAGUUGACAGCAAGUCCUGGAGAGAGCGUGAUCUCAUAUUUCUUAUGUCAAGCGAGUGAGCCUCACCUCAAUAAUGCCGUCGCUGUCCUGCGCGGCCUGAUCUUUUCGCUGGUGGAGCAACAGCCGACUCUUGUUUCUCAUAUCCGACCACGGUAUGAUCGUGAAGGAAAAGACCUUUUCGAGGACAUGAAUGCUUUUCAGGCUCUAGCAGCAAUGUUUGAAAGUAUUUUAGAAGACGCGAGUUUGCUGAGCACCAUACUGAUCAUCGAUGCCUUGGACGAAUGCGCCACGGACCUGGUACGGCUUCUUGGGUUGGUACAGCGGCUGACAGCAAACCCCCGUGUCAAAUGGGUGGUCUCGAGUCGCAACUGGCCUAUCAUUGAGAGUCAUCUGACAGUGUCGUACUGCUCAGCGCUGUCUCUUGAGCUGAACGAGAAAGCUGUGGCCGACGCAGUGAGAAGAUACAUCAAGGUCAAGGUGAAUUUUCUCGCAGAGCGUAACUGCUACAGCCAAGACACCAGAGACUUUGCACAAAGCUAUUUGGUAUCAAACGCAAACAAUACCUUCCUGUGGGCAGCUUUGGUAUGCGAUCAACUCGAAGAAGCGCACGACUCGAAAGUGCAAUCUAUCUUGGAAUCAUCACCACCGAGUCUGGGUAAACUAUACCAACGUAUGAUGUGUGACAUCCAAGCUUCAACGAAUGCAGAGCUCUGUCGCGGGGUUCUUGCCAUAGCAUGCACCGCAUAUCGACCUCUGACGAUAGAAGAACUCUCGGCGCUUGCAGAUCCACCUUUACAAAACUCGGCCGACUUUCAGAUAACGCGGAUUGUCAAGCUUUGUGGCUCAUUCUUGACACUUCGCGAGAACGCCAUCUUGUUUGUGCAUCACUCGGCAAAGGACUUCUUGACAAAUCCGGACACGGGAUUGCCAUCUGCAGUGAAGACGAAAAAUCGCGAGAUAUUCUGCCGAUCAAUUGAAGUGAUGAAUUCGACUCUUCAGCGCAACAUAUACAGUAUCAAGCACCCUGGGUGCCAGAUUGAGGACGUCCCGACACCCACUUCAGAUCCAUUGCGACGCGCACGAUAUGCCUGUGUGUAUUGGAUUGACCAUCUGCUGCAAACAAUUUAUCCAGAUGACGAAGAGUUCUUAAUGGACGCUGGCGCAACGGUGCUCUUUUUAAGGCAGAAAUUACUUUACUGGCUCGAAGCUCUUAGCCUUUCCCGACAGUUUGCAGCAGCACUUUUGGGGAUGCCAAAACUUGAGGAGUUCCUUGAGCAUAGACCGUGUCCGCAAAGAUUGUCGGAGCUCGUUAAAGACAUUUGCCGGUUUGUUCGCUAUCAUCGGGUUGCGAUUGAGAAUAGUCCACUUCAGCUUUAUAGCUCAGCACUCAUCUUCAGUCCGAGCAAAAGCGCGGUCAAGGUCUGUUACCAGGCCAAAAGAGCAGCCUGGACUAUCACAGAGCCGGUCAUAUCGGAGUCCUGGAGUCCAUGCCUUCAUACCAUCGAGCCUAGAGUUGAGAUUGCCUGCAUUGGUUGGUCACCGGAUGGAAUUCGAGUGCUGUGUAUGAGCACCGAUCUGACUGUCAGUCAUUGGGACUCCAGAACUGGACAUUGCAUAUCAACUAUCGCACUUGAGAGACAUGCUAGCUAUAGGAAAAUAUCGGAAGGAUCACUCGACAACAAGAUUCUCAUCUGGGACUAUACCACCGGGAAAUGUGUUCGAGCAAUUCAGGAGUAUCCAAAAGUCUAUCAUCUGGAGAUUCACUGGUCGGGGGAUGGAAGGCAACUCGCAUCGCUGUCGAACAGGGAGAUCAGGAUUUGGGAUCAAGAUGGAACCGCUCACCCGUGUAUGCAGAAUAUAGAGGGCCUUCGUGAUUUUGAUAUGCUUUUUAUUUCUCACGAUGGCAAUCGUCUCCGCCUGGGGUCGUACCUUCUCGACAUAAUUUGGGAUCGAGCUGCAAGAAAAUACCGUGCAACAGAACGACGACCGGAUCCAGCAACGGGAGGCUGGCCCCCCUUCCAUUUCUCUGGCCCCCGACCUGUUUGUGCCCCUGAUGGACGCACACUCGCCAUCGUUCGCUCCAACCGAACCACUGAAAUUGACAUCGAAAACCUGGAUACUGGGAAGGUCCAUCGAUGUUUGCGAGGGAACAUCGGUGCGAUCACGACAGUUUCCUGGUCGCCUGAUGGGAAUCGUCUGGCAUCAGGAUCAGAAGAAGCUUCCAUUCUCAUCUGGAACACCCGAACUGGGCAGUGCCUCGACCGAUUUGAUGGCCAUUUCAAAUCAAUCCAGCGCCUCUUUUGGGAUCCCCAAGGGGGUCGACUCACAUCAUAUUGCUCUGGGGACAUUGGCAUUGAUUCUGACAGGAUCAGAGUCUGGCAUUUCAAUACUGGCCGCCACAUUUGCACCCUUGCCGGGGCUUUUAAGUGGCCUACGUUUAUUGCCUGGUCGCAGGACGGAAGACUAGCAACCCUCUCGCACGGAAAGGCUCAGAUAUGGAAUACAGUUUCAGGAGACGCUCUUGUUGAGUAUGAAAAUUUACUGGGUAGUCUGUUUCGCUUUCUGCCUCAAGUCAUAGCUUGGUCGCCGGACGGGGCCCAAAUCGCAUGUAUAAGUUACGAUGUUUUCCGAGACAUCCACAUUUGGAAUCCAGCCAACGGACGGUGUCUUAAGCAGCUUAAACACCCUCGCCAUACUACAGUAAUUGCCUGGUCCAACGAUGGUCGUCGCCUUGCGUCGUCCUCCCAGUUGAGUGAGACAGUUAGAGUCUGGGACCUAGCCACGGAGCAGUACAUUCACUCAGAGACCAUUGAGCCGUCCGUUGGUGUUGUUAGGCUUGAUAGGAUUGACGAGGCUCAUCUUCAUACGAGCCAAGGCAUACUGAAUAUGGAGUCUAUCUAUCAGGCUAGGGAUAGCGCUAUGGAGUGCCGUAUUUUGCCAUGCCUCCCAUACGGAAUAACAGAUGAUUAUUCCUGGAUCACCUGGAAAGGAGACAAGCUGCUAUUUUUGCCUUGGGAAUAUCAGCCCAGGGACUUAGAUUGUUUCUGCGUGUCAGGAACAAAUGUGGCUGUUGGCUGUGAGUCCGGCCAUGUCUUGUUUCUUUCAUUCGCGGAUAAUCCAUUGUCAUGA